AUGUACAUGAUCAUCAUUGCUAAAGAGGAGGGACAGCAGCCAGCUGGCCCUGGACCUCACUGUGCUCCCUGCUGUAAACAGGGACUGGAGGGGUCACAUCAGUUGAAUAUAAUCCAGGUUUUGCAGAAUCGUCCAAUAACAACAGUCUUGUCUGCUGUCAGUCUGUGCAGUGAGGAGCCGUUCUGUAGGAUUUGCCAUGAGGGCAGCGGGUCCGGGGAGCUGCUGUCCCCCUGCGAGUGCUCUGGCACCCUGGCCAUGGUGCACCAGGCCUGCCUGGAGCACUGGCUCACUGCCUCCAACAGCAGCCACUGUGAACUCUGCCACCACCACUUUACACUGGAGCGCCUGCCAAAACCUUUCAGUGAGUGGCUGUGUUCUCCCUCCAUGCAGCAGCAGAGGAGGACACUAUGUGGUGAUGCAGUGUGUUUCCUCUUCAUCACACCUCUGGCCAGUCUGUCAGGAUGGCUGUGUGUUCAGGGAGCCAUGGACCUCUACUACACCAACGGCAUGGAGGCCCUGGGGCUCCUGAUUCUUACACUGGCCCUCUUCACCAUAUACGUCUUCUGGACCAUGGUGUCUGUGCGCUACCACAUGCACCUGUUCAAGACCUGGAAGAAGACGGACCAGAAAGUGCGACUGCAGGUUCCCUUAGCCGGCCACACCACACCCAACCAACAGAGCCUGUCCAUAAACAUCCUCUGCAAAGCCACCAACAAAGAAACUAUGGUGUAG